CUAAUACUUUGCAAACUUGGACAAGCUUCAUCUACCACCAUGUCUCCAAUCGCUAUUACAGACGACUCUCGGGAGUACAGCAUAGCAUGCAUGCCAGCAGAUGGCAUCGGUCCAGAAGUCAUUGAUGCCGGGGUUGAUGUUCUGAAGACACUGAGCGCUGCUUCAGGCGCCUUCAAACUCAACUUCGAGAACUACGACUGGUCAUCAGAGUCAUACAAGAAAACCGGCAAAUACAUUCCAGACGGUGGACUGGAGAGUCUCAAGAAGCACGAUGCGAUUCUCUUCGGUGCAGUGGGAGCUCCAGACGUACCAGAUCAUGUUUCGCUGUGGGGUUUGAGGCUAGCAAUCUGCCAGCCAUUCCAGCAAUACGCCAACGUUCGACCGACGAAGAUCUUCAAGGGAACACAGUCACCUCUGAGAAAUGCGAGCACUGGCGAUCUGGACUGGGUGAUCAUUCGUGAGAACUCGGAGGGCGAGUAUGCUGGACAGGGAGGCCGCUCACAUCGUGGUCAACCUUGGGAGACGAGCACGGAGGUGUCUAUCUUCACACGCCAUGCUGUGACCCGGCUGUUGCGAUUCGCUUUUGAGACAGCACAGAAGAGGCCGAAGAAGCACAUCACUGUUGUGACCAAAUCGAACGCACAGCGCAAUGGAAUGGUGAUGUGGGACGAGAUCGCGCUUGAAGUGUCCAAGGAGUUCCCAGAUGUUGAGAUGGACAAAAUGCUUGUCGACGCCAUGACAUGCCGUAUGGUGUUGCAGCCAAACUCGCUCGACACGAUUGUUGCAACGAACCUGCACGCAGAUAUCCUCAGCGAUCUCGCAGCAGCACUCGCUGGGUCUAUCGGCAUUGCGCCCACAUCAAACCUCGACCCUACGCGCCAGAACCCAAGCAUGUUCGAGCCAAUUCACGGCUCAGCCUUCGACAUCACCGGCAAGGGCGUUGCGAACCCAGUUGCGACUUUCUGGACGGCGGCGGAGAUGCUGAAGUGGCUCGGCGAGGAAGAGGCUGCGGAUCGACUGCUCGAAUGCGUGGAAGAGGUUUGCGGGCAAGGCAUUCUCACACGCGACCUCGGAGGCACUGCUGGCACGAAGGAAGUGACCGAAGCAGUGAAAUCGGCCAUCAACCGAUCAUACAAGGCACAAAAGAGCGUGUCGUGAGCGUGGUUCCCUGUUAUACCCGAGAAAUAGAGCUGUCAAAUAGAAUCUUCGUCCGCAUGCUCCCCUGCGCACAUCUCGAUACCAAUGAUGCGCCAGUAUGUUUGUUUGGCGAGUUAGGCGGGCUCCGUGCCUUGCCUUGCGAUGGAGAGGAUCUCGCUCGACGAUCGUGUGGCGGAGGAAUAUUGUUCCAGGGUAAGUU